AUGUCUCCCAAACUCAAGCCACUUUUACUCCCACAAUUGGUGGAGGAACGAAGGAAAAGGGAGAGCAUGGCUGAAUCGGAGAUGGAUCUUUCUGCAUCGACUUACACCCUGAACUCCUCCGCUUCAGACAUCCCCUCGCCUGUAACGCCCACAUUUUCCGCUCGCGGGCACUUGCGAUACCCAAGCUCGGCUUCUUCGCUCGAAUCGUCAUACCACACCUCCGUGGUGGACAGCCCAUCUUCUCCUAUAUUUAUUGUCUCCAAGACUAGCAAACGAUCACUCCCCGAUGUUCAGGAAGAACCGCAGGAACGCGACGAGGAUUUCGAUAUGUUUGAUGACACUGACGAGCUCUAUGAAUGUCUGUGUGAUGACCAGCACUGCUUGCACAAAGAAUCUCCAAUGGCGCAGAGCUCCGUACAGCUGUCUACACGGCAAGAGUUCGAUUACGACUUAGCAGACGGUUUUUUUAGUGAUGGAGAAUUCGCAUCAAGUCCGCGACAUCGAAAACGAAGGGCUGUUGAAUCGCCCUUAACAGGACUCGCUUCACGGUUUGGGACAAGGUUCCCCUCGUUUUCGCGAAAAUGGCGACUAAGGAAAGGUGUGAGCGCUGCGUUGAUGACCGCCGACGCGCAACGAGAUAUUGUUGCGUCCCGAGACGCGUCCAGUCGAUCCUCCUCAAUCUCGAACUCAGCGGGGCAAGCAUUGGACAAGACUUUUGAUUCUCAGCUUCCACCAACCCCCACAAGAAGUAUAUUUGAUAAAGCGGAAGCAACUUCGUCGACCACCGCAAUCGACAUUGAGAAAGCCAACCAUGACAGUGGAGAGCGUGAGGAGGGCUUCGCGACAACGCCGCUUCUCCCUCCAUUGAUGAUGGAUGCAUCAGCCAACACCAAACAAGUCUCCAUGCAAUCGCCUUUACAAUCACCUUCAGUAGCAGAGUCUAGCGAUCCCUUUUCAGGUACAGUGACGCCGAUAGAUGCGGUCACAACACCUCAGUUGCCCGGAAUGCCCUCACCGCCGCUUAGUACCAAACCGUCAAUCUCCUCGUUCCAUCGAAAUACUAUAAUGAACCGGCCUGGUCAUCUUGUUCCAUCCUCUGAGAUUCCACCUAUCCUCAUUGCGGACCCCAACGAUGUUUGGGCAAACGAUCUUGGACACGCCAACUUCACCAUCUAUCCCGAACCUUACACGCCUGAAAGCUUUGAUCUCGAGGCAUGCCGUCAAUUACGUGCAAAUUGGGAUUUGGCACGAUGUAAUUACACUAAGCAUCUUGUACGAACCGGGGAGCACUAUGGUGUUACUUCGAAGACGUACAAACUUACCGAGGAAAAAUGGGCGUCGAUCGAUACGACUUGGAGAAAGAAUAAUGAAAUCACUAUUAGUCGAACAGUCGACAGUGGAAGCGCUGCGUUUGCAACCCUGAAGCACACGACCUUCGGGGACUCCAACAGCAACAACAUCAUGACCAAAAUCCCUUCUCUCAACGAUCCUCGAAGCGAAGGCAAAUUUCCUCAGUUGGGAGAUGAGGACAUCGUUGGACCAAUGGUACAAGUUACCGCUCAGCUCCAACGCACUCCCAGCAAGAAAGCCAAAUUCUUCAAAUUCAUUGCCGAGAAAUUCCCCGUCGGAUUGCGCCCAUAG